AUGCUCACCAGGUUAUGGGGGGUUAGGGUUAAAUGCACCACAGGUUAUGGGGGGUUAGGGUCAAGUGUUCACCAGGUUAUGGGGGUUAGGGGCGAUUCCGGGGCUACUGGGGGCCACAGGCUACGUGGUACUCCCCCUAUCUACCGCCUACGUCUAGUCUACAUCGGUGUUAGGCCCAGUCUACGCCUUCCACCCUUUGUAGCCGGAAGCCGCCCUAGAUACCCUCCCUUAAACCCCCAUUUUUUUCUUCUCGCUCGCUUCGCUCGCUCGGCCAGGGCUAGGUUUGGGCCUGGCGGCCCCCCUCUUUAUCCCCUAUCCCCAUCCCCCACACCCCCCCCCCAAAAAAGAAGAAAAGAAAAGAAAUUCCUCUCCCCCAAACUCCCCCCAAAAAAAUCACCCGAAAUCACAAGAUCCCAUCCCAAUACAACACCCUCAGGUAACUCCACCCCAAAAAAAAAUCAAAAAACCCAAGGCUUAAUCUCACCAGAUCGUAACAACAAGGCUACUCUACUGCUUACAAUACCCGGGUGA